CUAAAAAGGAAUAGUGAAAAAAAACGUUUACAUUGUUUUUUUAAAAAAAAGCUAAUAUAUAUUUGAAAGAACAGUUUAAAUGAUAUUAUUUUAGAAAACCACGUAUUCUAUGUAGUUUCCUAUGGAGAGAAACUGACCCUCAAUUAAAAACAUAAAAGAGAAAGAAAAGGGAAAAAAUAAAAAUCAAAGAGAAAAAGGAAAGGAGAGAGUCACUAUGGCAGAGGGCACUACAAGGAAGAGAAAGGUGGCAGACUAUGGCAAAAAUUCGUCAUCCAAGUCAAACUGGCCUCUCAUAAAACCUAAGAAGAAUCUUGAGAUUACCCGUCUCAAAGAAACCGAUCUUUUUAUUGGUUUGCUAGAAUGGAUGCAUUUCAUGAAUUCAACUCUUCAAAUUUUGUUUUCUAGGGAAAUUAAUCACAAGGUGCAAGAUUUUCUGACAUGUGGUGAAUCAAAGUCAUUUGUGAAAGCAGCAGAAGCAACAGGAUUUGUACACCAAGGCAGUCUUGGUCCCACAAAAGGAGAAGCUUAUAGAGAUAAUGAUAGAAUUUCAGUGAAUGAUUCUCUUCUUGCUAAAAAUGUAUGGGAAUCUGGGCUUAACAAUUUGUUUUCUGAUAUUAAAAUUCGCGGAAAAGUUGCUGUUGGCUUGAAUCCAAACAUCAGAUUUUAUAGGUACAAGGUGGGCCAGCGAUUUGGACAGCAUAUUGAUGAAAGUGUUGAUCUUGGGGAUGGGAAGCGCACCCAUUAUACUCUGCUAAUAUAUUUAAGUGGUGAUUCUAAAGCCAAGACCAAAAAUGACCCAAAUGCCUCCAAGGAUUUUUCCCCAGAGUCUCUAGUUGGAGGAGAGACCGUCUUCUAUGGUUCUAGGAAUAGAGUUGUGGCUGAGGUUGCUCCAACUGAAGGGAUGGCUCUACUACACAUUCAUGGGGACAAGUGUAUGCUGCAUGAAUCCCGGAUUAUUAACAAAGGUGUCAAAUAUCUGUUCCGCUCAGAUGUAGUUUUUGCUUGAUGAGUGGCUUUCGUUGUUAAGCUGAAGCAAAAUCUAGUACAUGUUACAUUACCAUGGCCACCACAUCUCUUGCUGCUAUAGCUAUGAUAUCUGCACAUGAAAUGGUGUGUGGACAAACCAUUUCAAGCUUGGCUUUGGCAUCAUCAAUCACAUAGAAGGGUCGAACUGAGAUAUUGGGAGGGCCAUCUUUCUCUGCUUGGUUUCCCGGAGUAGAGUCCAGCAAAAUUGAUGCAUCACAUCCCUAUCGAUAGAGAACUUGGCAAAUCUAUCUUAAGUCCUUUCAAAUGAUUGCACUGCGAAGAUGGUGGCUGCCAUUAAUUCUGAAAGAAGCAUAUGCCAAAUGAUGGUUUUCUUAUCAAUCUCGAUUUAAAUAAAUUUCUGAGAGCAACUUGCUUUGACUUGUUAAAGCAAUCUGGUAUCUUUGUUUUGUCGUCCUAAAAAAUUAUCAAAUCAUCUAGAAGAUUUUCUGAAAAUUUAAUGACUUUGUUUGAUACUUGUGUAUACAAUCUGCAUUCAUCAUAUGAUAGCUUUCGAAAGAAAUGACUUGUGAAGAACAACUUGCUGCAGACGUUGUUCAUCUCUUAUCUUGCAAAUGCAAAUUAUUGGUGGAUGGGUAGUGUGAUAACAAAAAUUGAAUUUCUCAAUAUAUGCCUUAUUGAUCGCAUUGGUGAUAGUAUGGUUCAUUGUCAAUUAAUUGAUGAACGAGAAAGGGCAUCAAUGCAUAUCAUCUUUUCUCUAUUAGUAAAUGGCAGAUUCUUUUUCACUGGAUAACCCAUUUGGAACUAAGGAGAACUUGUUGCUAAUACAAACUCAUUUUGUUACUAACUUGUGGUUAACGGAUGUUUUAGUCAGUAUGCAGCACCAAAAUUAACUAAAUGACAGUUUUAGGUGAUCAGCUGGCCAGGAAGUAUCUUCACAUUCCUUAGUAUAAUCUAUCAAUGGUGAGCUGUUCUUAUGUUAAAAAUGCACAAUUGAAAUGCGAUCAAAUCUUUAAAUUGAUAUAUAUAGAAUAUCAUGAACCGAAUGCGUGAUUCUGAAUUUUUUAUCUGAAAGAACAAUCGUGCUUACCUUUCUUUUCGUUUGGUGAAUCCUGUUUUUUUUUUUAAUGAUGAACUUCAUAAUCUAAAAGAGUGAACAAAUAAUUUUUUGUUUAUACUUCAAUGGUUUUCUGAUUUAGAGCAGUAUAUCUCCACUUGGCCUUCUCCACAAAGUCUGCAUCCAGGAACUGAGCAAUGAAAGCCCAAAGCCUGUAAGUAUCCUCAAAAUUGGCCAGGAACCCAAGUGCCACUGUAACAACUGUUAUUCCCAGAUUUUCUUUCUGUUUCCUAUUUACUCCACUUGCUUUUCUCUCAAGAAGUGUUGCCCUUUCUUCUUCAUAUUUUUCUGAGAAUGAGAUAUGAUGUAGGAAUGCAUAGCUGAGAGAUAUGUUGCUUCGAUCUGCUAGUUUUUGUACAAGAGGAGCAUCAACCUUUUCUCCUUUCCAGUCAAACACAUUGAACGCCAUUGCAGGUCCCCUAUCAAAUCUUAUCUUUGGCCCGUAUAUUCUAACAAGAGGGACUUCCUCGUUGUUUGGAUGCUUUAGCUUCAUCAGAGCAUUCACCAGCCAAUUAAUCAGGCACCUUGCUCUAUUACUGAUCUGAGUUAAUCCCAACAAAUCAACCUCAUCCAGCCCCCUACAUUCAAUCUCCAUGGUUCCAUUUCUGCUGCUAUUUAUGGUCUUUUUUACUUUAUCGUUUUGAGAAGUUUCUAAUUCCUUCUGUUUUGCUGCUGCUCCUGUAGUUUCUAAUUCUUGCUGUUGUGCAGUUUCAGGCUCGCCAGUUUGUGAUACUUUCUGUUCUCUAGUUGUUACUCCAGUUUGAGGCUCAGAGGUUUCUCCUUGUUGUAUUCCAGAUUGCAGUUUUGAAAUAGAUAUUGGACCUGAAAAAGAGUUUGAUGUAUCUAGUUCAUCUUCUUCUAUUUCAAAUUUAGACAUAUGUUCAAUUUCUGUAUCAGUACCCGAAGAUUCAUCUAGGAACCAAAACAACUUCUUUGCUGGGAUGAGAUUUACCAUUCCAGCACAGGCGGUGUCUUCCAAUAGUGGAACUGUAGAUUUUUUGACAAAGAGACAUCCAAAUCCAGAUGGAUUUUCCCCAAAAAUCUUGUAGAAGGAACAAAUGAGGAAAUCUGGGCGAAUGAGAGAGAGGCCAAAGCUGUCCAUGUCCUUCGGCCCCAAUGCGCAAGCAUCAAUCAGGAUAUGCCAGCCAUUCUCUUGAGCUAUGCUCAUCCAUAUAUAAGGAUAUCUGGCCCCACUCACUCUAGAAUGAAGUGGAAAGACGAAUAGUCCCCUCUUCUUCUUCUUUUUUCUUUUCCUCAUAAUCAUCUUCCUUAAUUUUGCUGAAUGAAUCCUCAGCCUAGGCCAUGAGAACUCUGCUGGCAUGACUUGAGCUCCUUUGUUCUCAGAACAGUUAAUCAUGGUUUCCACUGCUUCACUCUCAUAGUCAUAAACUGUCAGAAGCUUCCGACUAGAGUGGAAAGGACUCUAAUUCCGAUUCUUGGCCACCAUGAAGUAGCUGUGUCUUCAAAUUCCCUGUCUUGUAGGACACACUGAAGAAAGGAAAAUGCGAAUUCUUAGGAGGUGAAUGAGGUGGGGGACAAGAAGAAGAGACUAUUUUUUUUCUGCAGUCAUGAUUUUGCAGCUGGGCAUAGGAGAAGAGGCCGAUGCCAAUAUAAUCAAGGCAGGUAUGGUGGGAAAGUGAGAGCUGAUAGUAUUCUUGGGCUCGAAUUUGGUCUACUUGAUAGCUAUCUGAGUAUCUUGGAUAAACUUUGCUGAAUUCAGUAAAUGAUUCUUGCAAAGUUGGAAGAGACUCAGGAUUUGUAAAUUGGGUAUUUGGGAAGAUAGAGGAAGUUGCUGUUGCAGCAAAGUUGUGGCGGCAUGUUGCUGCUGUGCUUCUGUUGUUGCCCAACUUUUUCCGGGGCUCAGGAAAUCCAAGGAGAGGGCUGGGGCAGCAGCCGUGAAGGCAUACUUGGGAGGCUUCUUUUAGACAAGGCGACUGCAUUUUUUUCUCCUGCUCUGCCCUUGACAAUUUUGAAAUUUAUGUUGAUUUCACAUCUUUGUUUGA